AUGUCUCAACAUACUGCUUUGUUUAGUAAAUCAAGUAUUCAUAGUAUUCCACUUUCAACUGCUAGUUCUAAAACUUCACAAUUUACAUAUGAUCCUACAAUAGCAGAUUUAGAACAGACUGAAGAGGAUAAAGAAACGGCUAAAUUAUAUACGAAUCAACUUUUAUUAAUGUUAAGAUCAUGUCCACUUGAUGAUAAAGAAUUUACAGAAGGAAAUAAUAUACUACAAUGGCUUUUUGCUAAUAAUAUAAUAAGAGAUGAAUACUUAUUUCGCAAGUUUUCUGUAUUUUUACAUAGUCCAAAACCAGUAAAAUUAAGAAUUUCUUUGGAAAAAUCUGAUGAAAAGGAUUAA